CGUCAUCAAUCGAUGAUUUGUUACCAUCACAGUACAUUUCUGGGAGAAGCGCGCGUCAAUUUCACCUUGCAUCUUGCAUGCUCUACACUCCCUUGAGCCUGAGAGCAUGCGGAAUCUGCUUAGACAAAUCCGAAGCAUCAUGCAUCCAACAUCCAUUGUGACAUCUUUCAAAGUUAUCCCAUUUCUAUUGAUAUAUAGCUAGGUACCUGUCUUCCUAUUUUACUCGCAGGUAUUCUCGAACAGUGUCGCCAGCACCAUUUUGUUUUCGAAAAGCCACCAGACACGUGACGUGCUGCUGUCUCAAAUAUGAGCUCUGAUGCAGACGACACGGGUGUGCCAGCCCCCCAAGUACAGAAUAUACUUGAGAAAGUUGACAUAGAUGAAAGUGUAGCGGCUUACUUCCCUCCCGGCUCAAGAGUGGACUCCGCCCUGCCUCAUGGAGCAAGCUUUUGGACCCGUACUGCAAGAAUCAACCUAUUACUCGAAAACGAUUCCCCGAAGAGUCUUUUUCUCAAGGUGGCCCAAGGUGUUGAUGGACUGGGCCUCGUCAUUGGCGAGUACGAGGCAGCUAAAUCGCUCUAUGCAAUUGCUCCUGACUUACUUCCACAUCCCGUGGGAGCUGGAACAUACAAGUUGGACCCCGAAACGCAUUUUUACCUCAGCGACUACGUUGAAAUGAUCGACGAGAUACCGGACAUGCAGAAGUUCUGUGCAUCCUUGGCAAAGCUGCACCGCGAUAGCAUCCCUUUCUCACCUAAAGGACAGUUUGGCUUUCAUGUCGUGACUUACAACGGCAACAAGGCCAGGGAUGUUACUUGGUGUGAUACAUGGGAAGAAAUGUUCACCAAUUCUGUUAAGAUGAGGGUGAAACAAGAGCGCGACGCCCAAGGACCCAGCGCGGGGUUGGAGGAAUUAUUACCUGCGCUCUUCGAGAAAGUCAUUCCAAGACUUCUUCGGCCUUUGCACACCGGUUCGAAUAAGAUUAAGCCUGUCUUGGUGCAUGGAGAUGUCUGGUAUGGAAAUUUGGCUACCAACGCAUCCACGGACGAGCCUAUUGUCUUUGAUCCCGCUACAAUAUGGGCUCACAAUGAAUUGGACGUGGCAAACAUGACUGUCCCUCGAUUCAGACUUGGUCGAGCAUGGACACGCGAAUAUCACAAGCACUUUCCAAUCUCGGCACCAGCUGAGGACUACGAGGAUCGUCUUCGUCUAUACACAAUACAUGGCGGCUUGUGUGCAUCCUCUCUGUACACAAACACUACGAAAUACCGUCAGAUGCUCAUCGAGUGGAUUCAAGAACUCGUUGACAAGUAUCCCGAGGGUUAUCAAGAAGGUUGACGCAUACAUGAAGCUUCGCAAAGAUCACUCCACUGAAGAUACCUUAUUGCAAACAAAUUCAUGACACUUGCAUUGUUUUUGUUCAAUUGAUCUGUCGAGUAUUUUUUAGAGGCAGUUCACUUGAUACUGAAGCGGGGUAAUGUUGGGUUGGAUGGUGCAGAUUUACAAUCCUUGAUCACUGAAGUCGGUGGGGGCUGAAAGACUGCUCUAUAUUUAGUCAGAUCUCAUCAGAUUCACGAAGAUGCGAUCAAUAGAAGUAGAGCAAUAUGUUGACCAU